AUGCCUCCAACCAGGUGGGAGAAGACGAAAAGCAUAUCCAAAAAAGGCUUCGACAAAGCAUGGGACACCGUCGACAAGCUAGGCGGGCCCGUCAACCGCCUAUCCAACAAACUAGGCGCCGAAGCCUUCUGGCCCAUGACCAUCGACAAGGAAGCAGACAAGGCAGCCCGGAUUCUGCGCAGCUUCUGUAAAGAUGGCUUUUACGCCCCCGAGUCCACGAAGGACACCGACGAGAACGGCAAGAUCAAUCGCCCCAAGGGCAAGCAGCGCGUGAUCCAGAAAAUCCCCUCCAAGGUCCUUCGCAAUGCGAAGGGAAUCGCCAUCUUCACGACUAUGCGCACGGGAUUAUGGAUGAGUGGCUCGGGCGGAAGUGGCGUGCUACUCGGUCGCCUCCCCGAGACCGGGGAAUGGAGUCCCCCGUCCGGGAUCAUGUUACACACGGCGGGGAUAGGCUUCCUGGCCGGGGUGGAUAUCUACGACUGUGUCGUGGUGAUCAACACAUUCGAGGCGCUGGAGGCCUUCAAAAAAUUCCGCUGCACGCUGGGUGGCGAGGUCAGCGCUGCAGCGGGCCCGGUGGGCAUCGGCGGUGUGCUGGAAUCAGAGGUACAUAAGCGCCAGGCGCCGAUCUGGACAUAUAUGAAGAGCAAGGGGCUGUAUGCGGGGGUGGCUGUUGACGGCACGAUCAUCAUCGAGCGAACGGACGAGAACGAACGCUUCUACGGCGAGCGCUUGUCGGUAGACCAGAUCCUGUCGGGCAAAGUCCGACAUCCCCCGUACGAGCUCCAAACCCUCAUGCAGACUCUCAAAGCCGCCCAGGGAGACUCGGACGUCGACGAAAGCCUUGUGCCACCGCCGGGCGAAACACCAGGGGACAUGGAGUUGGUGGAGGAACAUCCCUUUGGUGUGCCAGCGGCGGACGAUCCGGACCCCUAUGGAGUGAAGGCGCUAGAGGCGGAGGGGCUGUUCAUCCGCGAGGCCGGCACGAAGGUGAGGCCGACUCAUGAAACCUUUGAAUUCCGCCCCAAUCCGGGCAGCCCGAUCUACAGCACGUUUGCGCGGCGGAGCAUGGAUAGCUCGCCGCGGAACAGCUGGCGCGCGAGUGUGCAGAGCUCGAAGAGCUAUGCUAGUGUCAACCGGGGUACCCAGACUGAUGAUUCCUCGCUAACCGAGCCCACGUCAGUGAGCCGUGCGUCGUCGCGUAGCGCCAAGGAGUCGCCGCCGAUGAGCACCUGGAACGAAGAAGGGGACACCGCUCGCUGGGACACGGUUGUGAUUCACGGUGGCGAGGAAGAGCAGGUCAAGGUCCGCCAGUUGGAGGGCGAGGAGGCGGAGAUCAGAAGGGCGACUGAGGAUGCGUGCGAGGAUAAGAAGGAGGACUUUGAAGCAGAUGACGAUGAGGAUGACUAUGAAAUUCACGAAGUCAGCAACGCCAUGGUCACACCACGAGAGAGCAUGCCCGCAUCGCCAGCCAAGCCGGACGACCAAGCAGCAGACAGCGAAGCCAAGCGCAUGUCGCCCAGCUUCAUCAAGGCCCGUCUCGUUACGAUCCCGGCCCGUGGCCCACCGGCUCUGCCACCACGCCACCCACAACAUGUCUGGGGCUCGGGCUCGAGCCGCGAGUCCACCUCGCCCACGGCACACUCUCACUCCAGCCACAACACUUCGCCCACCACCGAUGCGACGGAAACCGACCGCGGCGAGAGUUUCGAUACGACAAAGACGUCCCCAUUGGCGCAGAAGGUCAAGACCGCUACUGCGAUCACUCCUGCCGUCGAAGAAGAUGACCGGGAAGAGUUCAUGUCCGCCAACGGCGAUCACUCAGAUGGCGAGAACCAAACCAUCACCCUCGAAGACCACGUUGAGCAGGCUGAGAAGGAUACAGGUCUCCAAGCAGAGCGAUCACCUCAACCCGAGAAGACCCCCAAUCUUCCUCAGCUCGUGCCCAACGUCAGGGAUACACCAGAGGUUGAAGAAACCCUCGACAAGAUCGAAGCCAAGCUCGAGGCUGAGGUCGAUCACCCCGAAGGCCAAAAGUCGAACAAGACAUAUGCCCACGUCCUCGCUGAUCGCGAAGAGCACGAGGAGUCUCCUGGCGGCACCAAGAUCGACACCACCCUGCCUCAUGCUAGGGCUGAUUAG